AUGGAAGCUUUAAACGAAAACAUUAAUAAAUUAUCAUUAGAAAAUGAUUCAAAUGAUAAAGUUAAUGAACCUGUUGAAGGAAAAAUCCAAGAAGCUACAGCUAGUUUAUAUGUUGGUGAAUUAGCUCCUUCAGUUAAUGAAGCUACGUUAUUUGAAGUUUUCUCACCAAUUGGUCAAGUUUCGUCAAUUAGAGUUUGUAGAGAUGCUGUUACCAAGAAAUCUUUAGGUUACGCCUAUGUUAAUUAUAGUGCUGUUCAAGAUGGUGAAAAAGCAAUUGAAGAUUUAAACUAUUCAAUUAUUGAUGGUAAACCAUGUAGAAUUAUGUGGUCUCAAAGAGAUCCUUCAACCAGAAGAUCUGGUGAUGGUAAUAUCUUUAUUAAAAAUUUACAUCCAGCUAUUGAUAAUAAAGCUUUACACGAUACCUUUUCAGCUUUUGGUAAAAUUUUAUCUUGUAAAGUUUCAACUGAUGAAAAUGGUAAUUCAAGAUGUUUUGGUUUUGUUCAUUAUGAAGAUGCUGAAUCUGCUAAUGCUGCUAUUGAAUCAGUUAACGGUAUGUUAUUAAAUGACCGUGAAGUUUAUGUUGCAAAACAUGAAUCAAAAGAAGUUAGAGAAUCAAAAAAAAAUGAAAUUAAAGCAAAUUUCACCAAUGUUUAUAUUAAAAAUUUAGCUCAAUCAUUAUCAGAAGAUGAAAUUAAAAAAUUAUUUGAACCAUUUGGUGAAAUUACUUCAUUCCAUUUAGAAAAAGAUUCUGAAGGUACAUCAAAAGGUUUUGCUUUUAUCAAUUUUGAAAAUCAUGAUGCAGCUCAAAAAUCAAUUGAUGAAUUGAAUGAUAAAGAAGUUGAAGGUUUAAAAUUAUAUGUUGGUAGAGCUCAAAAAAAAUCUGAACGUUCAUCAGAAUUGAGAGAAUCUUUUGAAAAAGCAAGAAUUGAAAAAGCUCAAAAAUAUCAAGGUAUUAAUUUAUACAUUAAAAACUUAGAUGAGUCAGUUGAUUCAAAAGAAUUGGAAGAAUUAUUUCAAGAAUUUGGUCAAAUUACUUCUGCUAAAGUUAUGGUUUAUGAAAAUGGUAAAUCAAGAGGUUUUGGUUUUGUUUGUUUUACUACACCAGAAGAAGCUACUAAAGCAAUUUCUCAAAUGAAUCAAAAAUUAAUUAAGAACAAACCAAUUUAUGUUGCUUUAGCUCAAAGAAAAGAUGUUAGAAGAUCUCAAUUAGAACAACAAAUUCAAGCAAGAAAUACUGCUAGAUUAGCUUCUGCUCAUGCUGGUUUACCUGGUCAAUUUAUACCACCAAUGUUUUAUGGUGCUAAUGGUCCGUAUCCACCACAAAUGAUGAGAAUGAGAGGUCAAUUUCCAAAUCAACCAGUUCCAAUGUAUAUGCCACCUCAAUUUCAACAACCUCAAAUGAGAGCUCCUCAACCUCCAGUUGAUGAAAAAAGAAUGCUUGGUGAACAAUUAUAUCCAAGAGUUAUUGCUAAAGUUCAAGAUCCUGAAGCUGCUGGUAAAAUUACUGGUAUGAUGUUAGGUUUAGAAACUGAAGAAUUAUUACAAUUAUUACAAGAUGAAGAUUUAUUCCAAUCUCAUUUUGAUGAUGCUUUAAAAGCUUAUGAAGAUUUUAAAAACAAUUGA